CUGGUGGUAUUUGGUCGAUACUGCUACACUCGUUGCGUUAAAAUUUGAUGGACAAAGGAACGUGCCAUGUCGGCUAGCGAGGGUUUGUACGUGCCCAAAAGAAAACACGUCACUGUGCCCGUGCACAGAUCAGAGAGGGAAAAAAAGAACGACGACUCUCGCAACAAGAAGACAUAUUCUGCCAAUUUUUCUUCCAGAAGACACAAGGCAAAUCCCAAACAGAACGACGGAGUGAUUCCGGAACGCGAGACUCCCAAACGCACUUGCAGAAAAACAUUGAGUAAAGAAGUAGAAAGACUUAACCAAGAGAACCAGGACUUGACCGCGAAGUUCAACGAACUGGAAGACCUUUCAGUCAAGAGGAUACUGAAGCUCAAAGAAAAGGUAACCACGUUGCAGAAUAUCAAUGCGGAAAUCGCGAACGAAACCCAUGUGAUCAGAAGGCAGUACCAGGAGUUGCUGGAAAAGUGCGAGGAUGCGAAGAGUGGGGCUGAAGUCAGUAAGGCGUGCGAGAACUGUCAGGAACUUGGGAAGAUAAUUGAUAAACUUAGUGCGGAAAAUGAAGAGUGCAGGUUGAACAAUAAGGAACUCAAUGAGGAUUUGAAUAUGUUGAAAACCGUCGUCUACAGGCUCAACCUCCAAUUGGAACGUUACCAAGACAAACUCAGACUGCACAACCUCCACGUCGAUAAUCUACGCCAAAAUUUGAAAACGUCUCAGUCGAGAGAAGGCGAAACCGUAACCAUCCUCUCUUCGGAUCACAUCAAUCACAGACACACGCCCAUCGCGUGGGGAAACGUCAACAGACAUACCCUGGGACCACUUUUGGACGCUUACCAAGACGCCAUUAGCGAAAAGGAGGAGAUCAUACAAAGCUACGAAACGGAAAUGUCUCGGUUUACCGGCAAACUGAAGGAGAUCAUCGAGGAGAACGAAACGCUCUACAAGAAACUUACAGAGGACGAACGAUGUAGCGCAAAGUUGGCCGCGCAAUUGGAACGCUUAAAAGCUGAACUGAAGGGGCUCAAGGAUCAAAACGAUGCUCUGAUUAAAAAGUGCGCCAUCAAGCAGGACAAAAUCGAGGAGAUUUUGAAAGUGUACGAGAAUAAAGUGGAACAAAUGAAGAGAGAUUACAAGGUGGUCCACGAGGAGUACAUAAAAAUGCGUACGGAAAACGCGUCGCUAAAAGAGAGGAACAAGUCGCUGGUCGAUCACCAAGACGACUUCAAGAGCGAACGGCAAAAUUAUAUCCCGAUAUCGGUUCACACGGCUAGUGUAAGCGAGUGCAAACGGUUAUAUGAGGAACUAAAGGGCCAGUACGAAGCCGAGAUGUCUAAACUCAAAGCAAACGUCGAGGCUAAGGAGAAGUCGAUCGCCGAACUUAAUGCCGCGAUGGCGUCGAUCAAAAAACAGAAAGAAAGUUUGGAGUCGAAAGUCGCAAAGCUCGAGAAGGAACUUAAGAAAUCCGAAGCUAAACAAUUAGAUCUGGAACACUCGAUCAACGAAGUGCAAUUGUCCAAGAGCGCUUGUCGUAAACAGUUGCACAAAGCGAUGAACUUUGCGAAAGACAUGGUGGCAGAACAGGAGGCCUUGAUUAGGGCGUUAAAUCAACGACAGCUGGAGAACAAAGCCGUCAAGAGUGUAGGCUCGGAGAUGGCCGUAAAAAUGGAUUCGCUAAAGACCCAGCUGAAAGACGUACAAAAAACGGCUUGGCAGGAGUUCACGACGGUGGAGCAGAAGAUUCAAGAGCAGACCGAGAUGAUUGAGUCGCUGAAGGACUCUCAUCAGAAAGAAAUUGAAAAAUUGCAUAAGGUGAUUGCGGGAUACGAGCAGAUGAAGGUGGUGUCUAGAGACGAUCACGUUCCAUUAUCUCAUUACCAAUUGUUUAAGGAUAAAUAUAAGUAA